AUGCCAAAAGGAGGAAAAAUCGGACGAAAACAGCCCGUACUGAAAAAGAAUUGUCAAAAAAAGAAAUCAAAAUUCAAGGGAGUCCAAAAACAAAAGAAAGUGCCCAUGGAACUGGCGAGAAACGCUGCUACUGAAAUCACGUUUGUCGGUGAAGAUGAUGUUGAGAGUGAACAGAUUCCACCGCCUGCUGCUUCGGCUUCGUUGAGAAAAAUUGGUGCUGAAUACACAGAUAGCUCUUCGGAUGAAAGUAUAGAUCCAGAAGGUGAGAUACCAGAAGGAUACCGCCUUGUGUCCAUGGGUAGUCUCAAAGAAUUUGCAAGAAGGAUUCAUUCAAAUUCGCAAUGUGCUUCCGGUGAGAUCAUCAUUUUCAGUUAUUUUUACUUUCGCAAUUCUCAUAGUAUAUAUUAUAAAAUGUGCUUCUGUUGUUGCUGUUCUCGUCCGGCGUCGUCAUCACUUAGUUAUUUUCUUUAUUUUUGUUGUUGUAGGCCAUCUAGAACUUCGAGAAGUGAGUACAGGCCGAUUUGGCCUCAGCAGCAUAUAUGCUAUUUGUGAUGACUGCGGUCUGACGGAAUUUCUGGGUACUGGUGAAGAUAAUUCCUUAGAUAAUGGCCCCAGAACUGUGAAAGGGAAGAAUGUAAAUCGCCGAGUGGUUUAUGCUGCCAGUGAAAUGGGGAUUGGCAGAGAAGAUAUUUCCAAGUUUUGUGAGAUAUUGAAUAUGCCUUUUUCCAUGAGCAAAGAUACCUGGCAUAGUCAUGAGGAUGCCCUGCUUCAAGCACAUACUGAAGUUGUCCAGGUGGAACUGGAGAAAAACAGGAAAGAGGCAAGGAAGCUGGCAAUGGCAGACGAAGGGAUUAGUGAAGAAGAUGAAGACACUGUGGUUGACAUUCCAAUCAGUUUUGAUGGUACAUGGUCCAAGAGAGGAUACACUGCCAACCAUGAAAUUGUUUGAAAAGCAUUUGCGACCCAUUUAUGAGAGGCUUAGUGAUCCUGCUCUUCUCGCACGUUGUCUUCCAGGCUUUACCCAAAAUGCAAAUGAGUCUGUGAAUUCAUUAGUGUGGAUUAGGUGCCCAAAGCACAAAUGGCAUGAAAGAAAACGGAUUGAGCUGGCAACAGCAUCAGCUACUUUACACUUCAGUGCAGGGGCAACUGCAAUGCACUAA